GUCUACCUGAUAUAGUCUUCGAAGCUAUUAGCCACUUUCGCUUACCGUUUUUGCCUUAACAAAGUUGUCUAUAUUAUCUAUCUACUUCUUCAGCAAACUCUGCAAUUUUCAACAUCCAUCAUCUUCGAAGAGUUGAUCAGCUCUCCAUGGAUGAAAUCGAUAUACCUCAAUAUUUUCUCUGUCCCAUAUCGCUACAAAUCAUGAAAGACCCUGUUACAGCUGUUACGGGAAUUACAUAUGACAGGGAAAGCAUAGAGCAAUGGUUGAAGAUAGCCACGGACACGACCUGCCCUGUAACGAAGCAGCCUUUGCCAUCAGAUUCCGAUUUAACGCCAAAUCACACGCUGCGGCGGCUAAUUCAGGCAUGGUGCACAGAAAAUGAGAGUAAUGGUAUUGAUAGAAUCCCUACACCAAAAUCUCCUCUCAGUAAGAGUCGUGUUAUUAAACUCAUGCGUGAAUUUGAGCAUACUAGUUUCUAUGUAAAUGCUUUGAAGAAAAUGGAAGCCUUAGGGAAAGAGAAUGAAAAGAACAGGAAAUGCAUGGAGGAAGCAGGGGUUGCAAAGGCUGUGAUUUUGUUGUUGAGAAGAUGUUACAAGGAAAGGAGAAUUACUGGUCUUGAAGAAGCUUUGAGACUUGUUUAUCUUAUAUGGACGCCCUCUAGUGAAGUCAAAGCUCUCGUGAAUGAAAACCACGAUUUGAUUGACUGUUUAACAUGGAUUCUCGGGUGUGAGAUGGAGAAUCCUGUUGUUGUCAAGACUCAUGCGAUGCUAGUCUUGAGAAAGGUGAUUGAGGUCGCAAAUACCAGGCUGGUGGAGAAAUUGAAGCUCGAAUUCUUCAAAGAAAUUUUGAGGGUAUUGAAAUUGAAAAUCUCUCAACAAGCUACCAAAUCCGCCUUGCUAAUUAUGAUAGAAGUAUGCCUUUGGGGAAGAAACAAAUCCAAAAUCGUUGAAGCCAAUGCAAUUUUCGAGCUCAUUGAAUUUGAACUGCAAAACCCCGAAAAGAACAUCACGGAACUGAACAUCAAUCUUUUGGCACAUCUAUGUUCAUGCGCAGAUGGGCGAGCUCAGUUUCUACGCCAUGCCGGGAGCAUAGCUAUGGUGGCUAAGAGGAUCCUAAGGGUUUCUCCAGCGACAGAUGAUCAAGCUGUUCAUAUACUUUCAUUAAUCUCAAAAUAUUCCGCAACCAAGCAAGUCCUUUUAGAGAUGUUGAGGGUUGGAGCUGUGACAAAGCUUUGCAUGGUAAUUCAAGCAGAUUGUGCAGCAUAUUUGAAAGAGAAAGCCAGAGGGGUACUUAGAUUGCACUCCAAUUUAUGGAAUAAUUCUCCUUGUAUUGCCGUCUAUCUGUUAACCAGGUACCAAAGGUAACCUGAGUGACAAAAAGUUUGAAUUAUUACAGCUUUAGUUAAAGAUCAUGAUAGAUUAUGGAUAUCAUGAUUAAGGACACAGAUCAAUAUCAUGAAAGUGUACAAAAUAUCGAUCAAUUAUAGUAAUUGUCACAGUUAAUGAUAAGGAUUUUUUUUUUUUGAAAUGUAUGGUGAUUAUAUAUUGAUCAGACAGGGUUUACACUUUACAUGAGCUAUGCCGGUCGAGUCUCAAGCCUUUGAAGUAGGCAGCAAGACUGGAUGCAGCAUAGCUCAUCCUUUCUCAGGAAUAUAAGAAUCCCCUGAUCAACCCCAUUCAGAAUGUGUCCACCCUUUUCCCAGAAGCACCCCCGCUCCCCUGUUUACGAAAGAGCUCAAUCCGGUUGGCGGUCCCCACCGGCUUGGUGAGGCCUCUUUUCAUAUUUUUCCAUUGUAGAGGCGCCUGUUUCUUAUUACAAAUCUCCCUGGAGAGCCCUUCCUUAAGCGCGUGGACUUGUAUUGGACACCACCUCGCAUACAAACACACUGUGAAGAACGGGACACUGACGCUGCCUAUCUUAAUUGGACUUUUGGUGCAUUUGAUAAGGAAUAUUUUGAAAUUCUGUAUAAUUUAUCAAUUAUAACAGCUAAUUAUCAAAAUUGGUUUGUAAGAUCUUUAGCUGUUCAUUUAAAGAGACUUGCCUAUAAAGUUGCUGUUCGUCUGGCUGUGGUUUU